UGUAAAGAGCUGAGGAAAUUCUGGCGAUGUCUGCUUUCAGUGCAUGAGUUGUGAAAUAUUGUAGGGAAAAGAAUUAAGGAUAGGAUAUCAGUUGAUAUUUAAUUUUUAUUGUAAAUUUUAAGUUUUUCAAACAUACCUAUUUAUUCAUAUGCUGUUGGUCUGGGAUCAAAAUAGCAAACACAAGGACUAUCAGUGAUGUAUCAAUGAUGUAUUAGCAGUACUUGAGGGAUGACGGGGGUUUUUGGGUGGGGCAGCAGUCAAGAUGGACAGCUGUCUAUCGGGGCUACAGAUGAGGGCAAUGUUCUCUCCCCAAAGGAGAUCCAUAGCCUCCAGAAACUGGAGAUUAAGGAAAUUGCAUGUGGGGAGAAGCAUACCCUAAUUGUCACAACAGGAGGGGAGCUAUACUCAUGUGGGAGCAAUGAACAUGGCGAGCUAGGGCACAAUAAGCCGAGGUCAAAAGCAGGUAGGUGUAACAUUUACUGCUGUGUCUACAGUUCUGUGAGUCCUACAAAAAUGUUACUGCGCACAAUAAACUGCCUAGCCUUGACAGAUGAUGGUCACCUGUUUUCCUGGGGUUGUAAUAAAUAUGGACAGUUAGGAUUGGGUACCACCAAUCCUCAUGAUACACCCCAACAGAUCAUCUGUCUGAAGGGUAUCCCGGUGGCCCUCAUAGCAGUGGGGGGUAACCAUAGCUUCAUCCUCUCCUGCUCCGGGGCGGUGUUUGGGUGGGGCAAAAAUAGCUUUGGGCAGCUUGGAUUAAAUGAUGAACAUGACAAGUGUCAUCCUACACUGUGUAAGUCUCUGAGGAACCAGAAAGUGAAAUAUAUGUCAUGUGGGGAGGAUCAUACAGUGGCCCUCACAAAGGAUGGGGGCAUUUUCACAUUUGGUGCUGGGGGCUUUGGACAGUUGGGACAUAGCUCCAUGCAGAAUGAGAUUUUACCAAAGCGUGUUAUGGAGCUUAUGGGAAGUGUCAUUUCUCAGGUCAUCUGUGGAAGGCGUCACACAAUAGUGUUUUCUCCGUCCAGUGGUAAGCUGUAUGGCUUUGGUUUAGGAGGGGCGGGACAGCUGGGGUUAGGGGACACCACCAGUCGUAACUCCCCAUUUCCGAUCCUGAGUCCGUACCUCCCUACCUCGGGGCGUCGAGCCUCCCAGGUCAUGGACCAUGAUGGUGCUUUGUACACGGUUAAACAUCUCUUUGGUAAUGGUGACCAUUGCUUCCUGCUGGCCAACAAUGCAGAGAGCAGGGGAGAACCAGAUGAUUUUAGGAUCCCAGACCCCAGCACACAGAUAACCACCCUCACCCCGGAGAAAUGUGACGAGAUCCGUAAACUACAGCCUGACGUCAUCACGCCGUCAGAGCUGGUCGAUGAUAUUCUGAAAAUCUUUUCAAGCUCUGCAUGUCUAAAUGCAUCGUUUUUGUUAAAAAAUGAUGAGCAUUAUGGCUGCAGCAGUAAGAACUGUGGUCUAGAUAUGGAUGAAGUAAGAAAGCUGAUGAACCGAAUAGCUGAUGCUAAAAAUGUCAAUAUCACACAACAGAUUACAGAGAGUAUAGAGAACCACCUCCUGCGGUCCCUCCCCCCCUCCCCGCCGGACGUGGAGGCCCUCAGGAUAUAUCUGGUACUCCCAGAAUUCCACCUGUUUGAUGAACCCAAGUUCUUCUCUUCUCUGAUUGGACCGUUUGGGAAGUGUAUAGUCAGCCUAGAAAGGGCACCUGCCAGGAUAUUAGAUUUAUGGUGGGGCUCCUUAAAACCAAGAUUUUUUAAACGGAUUUUAGAGAUAUACAAGAACACAGCAAUGUGGAUUCUCCGGUUACCAAACCUGAAUGCAACCAGCCAUAUGGAGAUGGUGAUUCGGUUUGAAUGUUUAAAGUCUUCAUUAGAAGUCCUUAAGAAACUGAACAGUGUAAAUGACAACAAUGGACAGAUCAUUCCGUAUGACAACUUUUACAUAUCAGAAGUGGCAGAGAAAAUUGACAUAAGGAAGGACUACGUCAACUGGGUUCACAGAGGAAAAAUCCUCCCAUCACCCCAGAUUCACUUUUGUGAUUAUCCAUUCAUCUUUGAUGCUUCAGCUAAAAGUGUUCUCCUCCAGACAGAUGCAUGUAUGCAGAUGCAGUCUGCCUAUGAAGAGGUCCAGAGACGAAAUUUCCAGAAUUUGUUUCUUCCAAUUGAUCCCAUUAAUCCUAUGUUAGUAUUACACGUGACGCGGCAUAAUAUUGUUACCGAUACGCUUCAUCAAUUGUCUCGACAAGGACCUGCUGAUCUCAAGAAACCUCUCAAGGUGAUAUUUUUAGGAGAGGAAGCGGUGGAUGAAGGUGGAGUCAGAAAGGAGUUCUUUUUGCUACUGAUGAAAGAAAUUCUUGACCCAAAGUAUGGAAUGUUUAAAUUCUUUGAGGAAUCCAGACUACAAUGGUUUAACCCAACAUCAUUUGAGGACAAACAGAUGUUCCACCUGAUCGGGGCGGUGUGUGGACUCGCAAUAUACAACUCCACCAUCAUCGGCCUCAGCUUCCCGCUCGCUUUGUACAAAAAACUGCUCAACAGGAAGACAACAUUAGAGGAUUUGAUGGAAUUGAUGCCCUCUGUAGGAAGGGGCAUGCAUGACUUGUUAGAUUAUGAAGAAGAUGAUGUAGAAGAUGUCUUCUGUUUAACUUUUGAGAUUACAGUAGAGAGUUUUGGAGAAGUCCGACAUAUACCUUUAGUGGAGGGUGGAUCCGAAAAAUCUGUAACCAAAGAUAAUAGGCAGGAAUAUAUCGAUGCCUAUGUGGACUAUGUCUUUAACAAGUCAGUAGAAGACCAUUUCCGAGAAUUCAGUAAUGGCUUCCACAAAGUUUGUGGUGGAAAAGUCCUUGAAUUGUUCCAUCCACAAGAGCUGCAGGCUAUGGUCAUAGGAAAUGAAAACUAUGAUUUCCAUGAAUUUGAAGUGAAUGCUGAAUAUAAAGGGGAAUACUACAGACAACAUCCCACAAUUCAACUCUUCUGGAAUGUUUUCCAUGAGUUACCCAUUCAGCUCAAAAAGAAGUUUUUGUUGUUUCUGACUGGGAGCGAUCGUAUUCCCAUUCUUGGAAUGAAAGCUGUUAAAAUGAUCAUCCAGCCCACUCACGGGGGGAACAACUACCUCCCCGUGGCUCACACCUGCUUCAACCUGCUGGACCUCCCAAAGUACCAGGAUUACCAGACCAUGAAGGAGAAACUACGUCUGGCCAUAGAGCAGACUGAGGGCUUUGGGAUAGUGUAAUUGCAAUAAUCAGGGGUUCAGGAGUAUUGUAAGGGGCCCAUUGGAAUUGUGUAGCUACAACAGUCAGGGCUUCCGAAGAAUGGCAUAGGGCCCAUUGGCAUUGUAUUUGUCUCAGAAUCAUACCUUUUAUGCAAGUUCUUCUGAAACAAUCUCCAAAUCCUUCUUCAUGCUCAUGGAAAAAAAAACUUUACUUUUUAGUUUAAAGAUAAAACUUUAAACAGCCUGCAUGGUUGCAAAUAAACCUAAAAAUAAAUGCUGAUAGAAUUACCAAAAUAGUAAUGCUUCUGUGCUUUAUUGAGAGUUUAUACAAUGUAUAUAUUUUUUUACACUACUUGGCAUUUGGAGUUUUAUCAUGGAAUUGUUUGAAAUAGGAAAGUUAUCAGGUUGUUAUGGCAAAUUUCUGUGAUCAUCAGACUUCAAAGACUGAUGCAAGAUUGUAUAUAUACCAUGUCCCUCCAGGUUUUAUGUUACAAUGUACAGUAUACAUGUGUUAAUUUGGUAUCUAAAGAUGUUGUAUAUUUUAUUUUGAUCAAACAUUCAGUUGUUACAAUUACCUUGUGUAGGGGCCCUCUGAUGGACAUCCGAGUUGUUUUUAACCAAUACAUUGUAUUGUGAUACAGUACUUUUAUAUAUAGAUGUAAGCAGUUUUAUAGGAUGCUUUCUACAUAAAGAUUCCACCUAUUUUUUGUAUGUUGGUGUGAAUUCAGAAUCUUCUGUAUAUCAGUCACAUUCUGAUUGACAGUUCACUUUUCAUGCCCCCUGCUUAAAGAGGAAGGUAUAUAGUGAUCAGGAUGAUUGUCACUCUGUCUGUCUUUCCGCUAUGGGGUACCGAUCUCUUAUCCGCAACUCCUCUUAUACCACUGAAUGAAAUUUAAUGAAACUUUCAAAGAAUCUUUGUUACAUAGUGCCAAUGUGACUUCCCAUUUUACUUUUUGAUCAGAUUUAAAAUUACCCAUCUCUUAUCUGCAACUCCUCCUAUACCACUGAAUAAAAUGUAAUAAUACUUUCAUAGAUAUCUUUAAAUUAUUACAUAAUGCCAUUUUGCACCUCCAAUUUUACUUUUUGAUCUGACACAUAUUUUGGGUCUCCCUGCAGGGGAUAUCAGUUACUAAGCUCAGUGCUCACAGUACCUCAACUUUAUUCUUCCUUCAGCAUUUUAAGAGACAUAGAAUAGGAUAUUUGAUUUCAAAUCUGAAAUGACUGUAUAGGAUAUUUUUUUGAAAUACUUUGUUAUUGUACUAUGUAAAUGUGGUAAAUGUGAUCUAUAGAACUUUUAGUUUCGAUCAUAAUAGGUUCAAGCUUGUUAAAUACACUUUUUACACAGGCAAAUGACGUUACUUAUUUUUCUUUUAAUAAAAAAAAUAUACCCUUACCUAAUAAUAAACCAAG